CAACUACCAUUCUUCUUCAACUUUCUAUCUCACCGCCCAUUCUUCUCCAUCCGCGGAAGCCAUUUUCUUACCUCUCCUAUUAAUACUACUUAAUAACUGCCCUUAAUUUCAACACACGCCUUCUCCCUCUGAAUUUUACGCUAUAAUCUUGUAGCUCUUUGAUUGUUUCUUACGUUUUCAACUCCUAUGGCUGACUUGGAUCACUCCUCCUCAGAUGAUACUUCUAUGGAUUCCAGAGAGGAAAAUAGUAGUCACGAUUCCAAGCUUGAAUUCUCUGAAGAUGAGGAAACUCUUAUCACUAGGAUGUAUAACCUUGUUGGUGAGAGGUGGUCUCUAAUUGCUGGGAGAAUUCCUGGAAGAACAGCAGAGGAAAUUAAGAAGUACUGGACCUCAAGAUACUCAACAAGUGUAUGAAAAUGCCAUAAUAUGGAUUCUGUUUCUCCAUCAGAGCAGGAAAAAUUUUGGGUUGGGGUUGUAGCAAAGUUUGGUUGUAUGAAAUAUGCCAGUUUUUCUUUCCUUUAAAGAGAAGAAACCUUAUCAUGGGUUUUAACUCUCAUCUGAAUGGGGCAUGUUAUUAAAGCAAGUAAACUGUACAAUGUGUUCUCCUUAUUGGUGUGUCCAAGAAUGUGUGGAAUUUCAAUCAUAUUUUCAAUUA